GAAUGGAUUUGGCAAGUUUCGACUAGUGGAUUUUGUUUGCCAAAAGGGUUAACUAGUGUUCUGUGCUAAAAAUGAAGUCUGCAUUCCUGAUUGCGCUUAUCGUGGCCCUGGCCAGCUGUCAAGGUGCCGAAGUUGCCGAACCUUUGUCAGCUCAAGAACGCUCUAUCUCCAGCGUAAUUGUGGACGGACUGGAGGCAUUCAGAGUCGUCCUGCAAAAUGGUAGCCCGAGAUUUGGAAUCCCUGUGAUGGCACCCAUGAAGGCGGCGCAGAGGUCGUUCGAAAUCAACUCGGGAGAAUUCAGUGGCACCUUUGGAGUCGAGAACUUCGAACUGCAGGGCCUCGAUCAGUACGAGAUUAUCACCAUGAACAUGGACGUGAUCAGGAGUCGCUUGACCUUCAACAUCAACUUCGCCAGCCUCAAUUUCACCACCGAUUACGAGGUGGACAUGGGCAGUGGCUAUCGCAUCAAGCGCAAUGGUGGCGCCUUCUUUGCCCUCGAGGAUCUGAACAUCCAGGGCAGGAUUAGCUACUCCCUGGGCGUGUUCACUUCCCAGCUGCGUGUGAAGGAUGUCCUGAUUUACCCCUCCGUUGGCAAUGUCAACUCGCAGAUCGAGAACCUGUCCAAGUACCGAAUCUUCAAUCGCAAACUCAACGAGAUCAUCGAGGAAUUCGUAACCCUGACGGUCAACGAAAACACCGACUUUGUGGCCGCUUGGGUAAGCGAACAGGCCACGCCCAUUUGCAACGAUCUGAUCGGAGACCGAACUCUGAGUGAUAUCAUUGCGAUUAUCACGGGAGGAAACUAAUUAGGCGAAAUAAACUCUACAUAUUUUCCAAA